AUGGCAAGUCCCGAAUUCAGCAAUCCCCUACGAAAGUUCAAGCUCGUGUUCUUGGGUGAACAAAGCGUUGGCAAGACCUCACUCAUUACACGUUUCAUGUAUGACACCUUUGACAAUACGUAUCAGGCAACGAUCGGUAUCGAUUUUCUUUCAAAGACCAUGUACCUUGAAGAUCGUACAGUGCGCCUUCAAUUGUGGGAUACGGCAGGACAGGAACGCUUCCGCUCUUUGAUCCCAUCCUACAUUCGUGAUUCUUCAGUGGCGGUGGUGGUUUAUGACAUUAGCAGUCGGAACUCGUUUUCGAACACAGAAAAGUGGAUUGCCGAUGUACGCGCUGAACGUGGCAACGAAGUCAUCAUCGUCCUUGUUGGCAACAAGACCGAUCUCAAUGACAAGAGAACGGUGACAUUGGAAGAAGGAGAGAAGAAAGCCAAGGAGCUCAACGUCAUGUUUAUCGAGACCAGCGCCAAAGCUGGCCAUAAUGUGAAAACACUCUUUCGACGGAUCGCACAAGCCUUACCUGGUAUGGAAUCGCAAUCGGCGGAUGGCAAGGAACAAAUGCAAAAGGUCGAUCUCAACAACUCUGAUGCAUCCGAAUCCAGCUCUUGUGCCUGUUAG